AUGGCAGUACGUGACUUUGAAGGCAGGGUCGCCAUUGUAACAGGAGCGAGUCAAGGACUCGGCCGUGCCUGUGCAGAGCUGCUGGGCAGCAGAGGAGCCUCUGUCGUGAUCAACGAUCAAUUUGGCGAUGCCAAGAGCCUUGCGGCCGUGGCGGAAGCCAUAGAGAAAAACGGCGGCAAAGCCAUUGUUAACACCGACAGCAUCCUUAACGGUGGGAAGAUUGUUGAGACCGCUGUACAGAGCUUCGGAGGACUGCACAUUCUGAUAAAUGCUGCUGGCUCCGCUGCGCAGUCGAAGAGCUUUGAACAUCUGGACGACGCCGAGUGGUCUGCCGAAACAGAGCUUCACAUCAAAGGGAACUACUUGACCACGAAUGCAGCAUGGAAGCACUUUCGAAACCAAAGCUUCGGUCGGAUAAUCAACGUCUCCUCCCUAGUAGGAUUGCACGGAUCACCAGGCCAGGUAGCCACUGCAGCAGCAGCACACUCGCAAGUCGGAUACAGUUACACGCUCGCUAAGGAAGGCUUGAAGAAGAAUAUUCUCGUCAAUGUGGUCAUGCCGAUUUCCACAACCGGUUCCGCUGCGCCGAACUUCGAUCAAUCAGCAUCUAUCGUAGCUUUCCUGGUCCAUGAAAAGAACAAGAAAGAGAGCGGCACGUGCUUCCAGAUCAGCGACAAUCAGGUGGCUCGACUUCGUUGGCAGCGGUCGGGUGGCUUGCUGCUCCAUGCGGACGAUACGUUGACGCCUGCAGUGUUGCUGAAGAACUGGAAGCAAGUGACCAACUUUGAUAAGCCCGAUUAUGCUUCUGGCCCACGGGACUUUCUGGAUCUUCAGAAGAAGGGGGCGCAGUUGCCGCCAAACGAAAGCACCGAUCCAAUUUCUUUCAAGGGUCGCGUCGUUUUGAUCACCGGCGCUGGUUCUGGCCUCGGCCGAGCGUAUGCCCUCCAUUUCGCGUCUCUUGGCGCAUCUGUCAUGGUCAACGAUAUCGCUGAUCCAUCGGCUGUCUUGGAGGAGAUUCGAGAUUUGGGUGGCAAGGCGGCAUCAGUCAUUGGCUCGGCUGAAGACGGCAAGAAAAACGUGGACGCCACCAUCCGUGCCUUUGGAAGAAUAGACGUUGUUGUAAACAACGCUGGCAUUCUGAGAGACAAGGCUUUCCACAACAUGUCAGAAGCGUUAUGGGACCCAGUACUCUCGGUCCACCUGGGAGGAACUUACAAGAACAUACGAGCUGCAUGGCCUCACUUCGUGAAACAAGGCUAUGGACGAGUCGUCAACACCACCAGCGUGACCGGUAUCUACGGGCAGUUUGGCCAGGCCAACUAUGCUGCUGCAAAAUCCGCCAUCAUUGGUCUUACGCGCGCUCUGGCCCUCGAGGGUGCAAAGCACAACAUCCUGGUUAAUGUCAUUGCCCCAAAUGCAGGCACUAACAUGACCAAGAGCAUUCUCAGCGACGAAGUAUCGAAGCUCUUCCAGCCAGCCCAUGUGGCACCAAUUGUUUCCGCACUAGCCAGCCACGUCACUGCGCCGAGCAUCUCUGGAGGAGUAUUUGAAGCGGGAAGCGGAUGGUUCGGCAACACGCGCUGGGAGGUCCUCAAGGGGCAAUCCAAAGAGGUCAAGAGCUUGGAUGAGGCAGCGAGUCUGAUUUCAAGCCUCACAGACUCGCCUAAGUCCUACCCCACAACCAUCGAGGCGAAUAUUGGUUUAUUUAACCAACAAGAUGGAGCACCAAAGCUGAACUCUGGCGACGUGGUUCUUGCCAAUAUCCGCAAAGCGCAGAGCACCGCUUCCAAGGCUUCAAAAUUUGCAUACACACAACGCGAUCUCGUCUUGUAUGCACUCUCCGUUGGUGCUAAGCAUACUGAGCUUCCACUCGUGUUUGAAGGACACAAGGAUUUUACCCCUUUGCCAGUCUUUGGACUCAUCCCGUUCUUCAACGCCGAAGCGCAUUACAAAAUGGAUGAUAUCAUGUCCAAGUACGACCUGAGAUUGCUUCUUCACGUGGAUCAAUUCCUUGAGAUUCGGUCCCCGAUUCCCCUUUCGGGUGUCCUCUCAACGUACCCGAAGCUGGUGCAAGUAGUCGAUAAGGGCAAGGAUGUACUGGUUGUUCAGGGCUUCACAACUGUCGACGAAAACGGCAAUGAGAUUUUCUACAACGAAACGACAGUGCUUGUCCGCAAGGGCGGUGGUUUCGGUGGAGACGCCCAGCUUCGUGAUCGAGGCCCGGCUACGGCUAAGAACGCACCUCCCCCCAGAGCACCAGACUACGUGGUGGAAGAAAAGACGUCAGAGGGUCAAGCUGCCUUGUACCGACUCAAUGGUGACCUGAACCCUCUUCACAUUGAUCCAGACUUCAGCGCAAAAGGAGGCUUCCCAACGCCCAUCUUGCACGGCUUGUGCUCGCUUGGCGUGGCUGGAAAGCACUUGUUCCAGAAAUACGGAUCAUUCAAGAACCUCAAGGGCAAGUUCACCAGCCCUGUCCUCCCAGGUCAGACACUCAAGACUGAGAUGUGGUUGGAAAACGGCAAGGUGAUUUUCCAAGUUGUUGUCCUUGAGACAGGAAAGAAUGCUAUCAGUGGUGGUGCUGUCACACUUGAUCGGGCCACUGUGGCCCGCUUGUAA